GGUCGAGAAUUGCUGCCCUUACGGACUGCGCUUUCUGCACUCAAAAACGGGACGAGAGACGAGACGUGCGGUUCGCGGAACAAGGAGAGAGAUGGGGCAAGAAAGUGCGCCGAAGUGCGCUUGGAGAACGUGUGCGCGCUUAUAAAAGAGGGGGACCUAUUUAAAGGGCGUUUCGCACCUAUCCUUACGCAGCGCUGAUUGGCGCACGGUUUCGUGACAUUUGCACGAUUUCGCGUAUCUGCCUUGUAGAUACGUACACAUACAUAUACAUAUAGUACGCCGUUGCGUACCGUCAUAUGAUUUUGUCAAUCGGUGUUACGCGAGAUUGACAAAUUGUCAGUGCACGCCAAUUGUCAUCGCUGUCAGGCUGUUGUUCAUCGUGGCCGCGUUUCCCGUGUAACGUAUGCGAGUGAGUGUAAAAACGCGUCAGGUUUCGACAACGCAGGUUCUCUACUACGCGCCACGAGAAAAUGUCACUUUUCGGGGUAGGCAACCCCUUUUCCACGCCAGUAGGGCAAAAGAUCGAGUCCGCUACAGAUGGUAGCUUACCAAGUGAAAAUUGGACGCUUAAUAUGGAAAUAUGUGACAUUAUAAACGAAACCGAGGACGGGCCGAAAGACGCUAUUAAAGCGAUCAAACGCAGGCUCAAUCAGUCAGCUGGCAAAAAUUAUACAAUAGUCAUGUAUACACUUACCGUAUUGGAGACGUGUGUGAAGAAUUGUGGAAAACGUUUUCACGCUCUUGCUUGUUCAAGAGAAUUUGUACAGGACCUAGUUAAAUUAAUCGGUCCCAAAAAUGAACCACCAACAGCAGUUCAGGAGAAAGUUCUAAGUAUGAUCCAAACAUGGGCAGAUACAUUCCGUCAUCAGCCGCACACUCAAGGCGUUGUGCAGGUUUAUCAAGAAUUGAAGAUAAAAGGCAUACAAUUCCCCAUGACUGAUCUGGAUGCCAUGGCACCAAUUAUCACGCCAGAAAGAAGUGUACCUGAAACAGAGCAAAUUCCAGCAAGUCUGACUACAUGCGAGCAACCUGCCUCUUUGGGAACACAUUUACCACCUCAAACAUCACAAUCUAUUGGUCCGUUAAAUCAGUUGAAUGAACAACAACUGGCCAAAUUACAAAGCGAGCUUGAUGUCGUUCAAGGGAACAUGCGUGUAUUAUCGGAAAUGUUGGCAUACUUCACAAGCCCUGAUCAAAGUAGUAAACAACAACCAGAUUCUGCGGAUCUUGAACUAUUAAAUGAACUUUAUUCAACAUGUAAGGCAAUGCAAGAGCGUGUUGUCGAUUUAAUCGGUAAACUGGCUCACGACGAAAUGACAGCAGAAUUAUUACGUAUUAACGAUGAAUUAAAUAAUUUAUUUCUUCGUUAUUCACGUUAUACGAAGAAUAAGACGCAAAUGCCGGCAAGUACUAUAUUAGCUCAGGCGAUCGGACAUCCACCGAAUGCCGAAUCGACUCCACCUACCACUAAACGAGAAGCGGAAUCGCUCAUAGAUUUGUCCGACGAUGUGCAGGAUUUGACAAAACAGAUGAGUGAAGUCGUAGGUGCAGCUGAAGAUGUGGAUAAAAACAAAACGGACCAAAAGAAAAAAGAAGGAGAUAAUGAUGAAUUUGAUAUGUUUGCACAAUCGCGCAAUGCGACAUAUGAAACAACAAAGAAUAGUGGCAGCAAAUACGAGGAUAACUUGGAGCAGGUGAGAGGAGGUAGCCUAAGUACGGCAAUUCUCAACCGCAAUAACCCAAAGCUACCCCAGCAGACUGCUACUAGUGCUAGUCCAAAUCUGGAAUCUGAAUUCAAUGAAAUGGCAGCCUGGUUAGAUCGCACACCUGGAGGACAAGGCGAUCAGGAAUCCUUGACAUCGUCGGAAUUCGAGCGUUUCUUAGCAGAACGUGCAGCCGCGGCUGAAGCUUUGCCAAGUCUCCCUACAGCGACAACUGCCACCUCGAACUCCUCGACCAGCGGUAAUCAGAAUAUUCAGCGCCAAAUUAACAAGGAUCAGGACAAAUCAUUAUUCGCUCUUUAAGUACCUUGGAACUCUCUGUUGUUGUAAAACACAGGAGGCUAAACUUUCACUGGGACUGUCGUGCUAAGUUUAAACGGCACGUAUGAUUUUUUUCUGAUUGUCAUCACCGCUCCUGGCUGUAUCAUUGAUAAUUUAAAGUACCGAUUUGUAUUUUUAACAUUAGGAGCUGGAAUAAAAUAUAGAACAUACACAAAAGCAUGGGAGACAAAGUACAUACAGGAAAAAAAAAAUGCUUUGUGCUUGUACGUACUUAAUAAGAUAACUGAUAUACUAUACAAUCAUGUUUGAGAUAUUAUUUCUGUUAUAAAAUUGUGGUCGUAAUAUGGAUAAGUUGCUUCAAAGUUGUGACUAUUAUUAUGUGAAUGAUAGCAUGUUAAGGAUUAAUUUAUGUUUGUACAUAAGUGACAAUAUGCGUCCAUGAAAAUUUACAGAGAUCAUAAUAGAUCUCUGUUAUGAAAUUUUGUCUGAUUGAAUCAGAAUCGAAUAAGAUCGCAUUUAGAUCAAAUUUCCGAACUGAUGCAUGGAUAUUCGGACAGAUGUCCACAAUUGAAUAUAAUCGAUCUUAUCUAUAUAUUGACAAACUAUUUUUCUAUGUUGAAGUAAAUUUUGUCUCAGCUGUUUGACAUUCUAUACAAAAGUACACACACACACAUAACACACAUUCUACAGAGUUAUUAUAUUUACUAUUAUAUUUCCUACUAUUGUAGAGAAUAUUAAUAACUUAUUAAUAUAUAAAUUUUAGAAGCAUGAAUUUAUUAUUACUGCUAGUAUCCAUUAAUACAGUUAUGUAAUAUUAUAAUAUUAUAUUAUACAAAUGAUUAAUAUAUUCUCUGGAAUUAUUGUAAAUGCAGCAGUAAUAUUGGUGACCAGAGAUGUUUUUUUUUUUCAUAUCUUAUGUGACAGCUCUUGAGAAAAAGUGAUAUUUUAGCUUUAUCCAUCAGAAUUUUAUUAUUUAAUCCCAAAAACAUUCAAUAUUGUUAAUUUUUAAGUUUAUUUGCUUAUGUUUCUAUACUGUAUUUAUGCAUACUUAGGGCGAAUAGAUGGUUAAAAAAAGAAAAAAGUACACCUGCGGUGCCUGUAUUGACUGAACUCGCAGUUAAUAAGGAUAUAAUAUGUACUCUUCACUUACGCAGAAAAUAAAACUGUGCAUCAUAACCAAA